AUGAACCCAAGCAACGCAAGUAUCCCAAAGAUUUUCAUUCUUUUGGGUUUCUCUGACCAUCCCUGGCUAGAAAUGCCACUCUUCAUAAUGGUGCUGAUUUUUUACAUUUGCACUCUUGUGGGGAACAUUUUAAUUAUUGUGGUAUCCAGGAUAGAUCCUCAGCUUGACAGCCCUAUGUACUUCUUCCUUUCCAACCUCUCUUUUCUGGACCUGUGCUUUACAGCAACUACCAUCCCUCAACUGCUGUUGAACCUAUGGGGCCCAGAUAAGUCUAUCAGCUAUGGAGGUUGUGUGACCCAGUUUUACAUGUUUCACUUCCUGGGGGCCACUGAAUGCAUCCUCUUAGCUGUGAUGUCCUUGGAUCGUUACAUGGCCAUCUGCAAGCCCUUGAGGUACUCAGCCAUCAUGCAUCAGCGACUCUGUUUGCUCCUAGUGGCCUUGGCAUGGCUAAGUGGUUUGAUUAACUCCUUGCUCCAGUCAUCUCUCACAGUCCAGCUGCCACUUUGUGGUAAUAACAAGGUAGAUGAUUUCCUAUGUGAGGUUCCCGUGAUGAUCAAGAUGUCAUGUGUCGAUACCACAUUCAAUGUAGCUAUGCUCUCCAUUGUGGGGGCGUUCUAUUCCCUGGUGCCCUUGUCAUUUAUCCUUGUCUCCUAUGGGUUCAUUGUAGCUACCGUGCUCAAGAUUAAGUCCUCAGAGGGAAAGAAGAAGGCCUUUAACACAUGUGGUUCUCAUGUUAUUGUUGUAUCUCUCUUCUAUGGGCCAGUGAUUAUUAUGUAUGUGCAACCUUCUGCAGCUAAUUCCCAAGACAAAAACAAACUAAUGUCCCUGUUUUACAGUUUGGUGACUCCUAUGCUUAAUCCUUUUAUAUAUACUUUGAGGAAUAAGGACAUGAAAGGGGCAAUGAAAAGACUUCUCAUUUCACUGUACCGUCAUGGACGAGAAUAA